AUGUCUAAACCUAUCAAAUAUAUCGAUACAUCCGCAUCUUAUACUAGUUACAACAUUAGAGAAUGUUUACAACGAAUUACAGGAAAAUGUGAGACUUCGGGGAUGACACCUGGUAUUAGUGUUAAUGAUAUUGAGCCUUAUACAAUAGAGGAACCUUCCAACAAUAAUUUCAUUAAGUGUGGAGAACACCACCAAAAAAUAAGAACUCUCGGACGAAGCCAGACACGCUCCGUCAGGUUGAACGUGGAAAAAUGGAAAACGGAAAAUAAUCAAACAAAAAAGAAACCAUAUACACGCUGUAUUUUAAGUACUCCUUAUCCUAUAGGAGAAACAGAAAAUGAUGUAUAUGAGAUACCAACCAUACCUACUCUGCCAUCACAAAAACCAGCUAUGCCUCCUAAUGUAAUGAUCCCAUCUGGAAAAUCGCUAGACUCAUUCCUGCCGUUAGCGAGGGACCCAAUAAAUUCACCGAUGCCUGAACCUAAUCCAAUUUAUAAGCAAGCGCCAUUUGGUCAAAGUAGUAAACGAGCCGGUGUUGAUAAAUUUGUUCCGGAGAAGAUAGAUAUAAAUGUUAAUAAUGCUUUUAUAAACUCGCCACUAGAAAUUAAUCAAAAAUCAAAAGACAAGAAUGGUCUUACUAAUGGAAAAAGGACCAGAGACGUGGCUAAAUUCAACCACGAAACCAAUAAGGUGAAGAACACCAAACCAAUGACCAAAAAAAAUGAAAAAUCAAUUAAUUCUAAGAGAUCUAGAACCACAAUUAAAGAAAAUAAUAAAUCUAUCAUAUGUAGAAGAUAUGGGUAUGGAUUUUUUGGAAAAAAGAAUUACAAUUCUUCGGAUGAAUCUUCAGAUUUCGAAGUUGAUCCAUUAAUUGCUCAAUCUGCUCAAAUUAAAACAUCAGAAUCUAAUUCUAAAGUUGCUCGACGAAAUACAAAACCGGGCUAUUAUUCAGCGAACUUUUCGUCGGAUGAGGAAGAAACGGAACCAAAAAGAAUCCAAAGAAUAACUAGAAACCAUAAACCAUCGGGAUGCUAUACCGCGAAUUUUAGUUCGGAUGAAGAUUCUGACGCCGAUGCUGGUCAUUAA